AAUUGAUAGUUGAAGUAAAUAAGUUAAAUGAAACUUAAAAACCAAUGAUUAGGGUAGCAUUAUUGUAGGUAGGAGUAGGGCCCAUGGAGAUAUACAAAGGCAAAAAGCCAAAAACUAGGAAACUCCACGAGCAACUUCCUCCUCUUGUCGUCAUUACCUAAAAUUGCACACAGUAACACACAUUACAUUACUCGUAGUAGUCUCUCCUAUAUAUUAUUCUCCGCCAAAUAAACUCCAAAACCUUUCCUUCUUCUUCUUCAACCCUUUCACUUCCUUAAUGUGAAUUCAACCCGUUCACUUACUUUACAAGGAAACAUGAGCUUUGAAGAUCUUGAAUCAGGUCGGCAUUUUUGUUCUAAUGAAAGACAAAAACAAGACCUCUCCCAGGCCGUUGCAGGCGGCGUUUUCCAGCUCAACACGGCGGUUGCCUCUUUCCGGCGUCUCGUAAACACCCUUGGCACUCCCAGGGACACCCUUCAACUUCGUCAAAAGCUGCACAAGACAAGGCUACACAUUGGGCAAUUGGUGAAAGAGACUUCAGCAAAGCUUAAGCAAGCUAGUGAAACAGAUCGGGAUGCUAAAGUUAGUGCGAGCAAGAAGAUUGCUGAUGCUAAGCUUGCAAAAGAUUUCCAAUCAGUUCUUAAAGAAUUUCAGAAGGCUCAAAGGAUUGCAUCUGAGAGGGAAACAAAUUAUGCUCCUUUCAUUCCCAAGGAAGUUUUUCCAUCCAGGUAUUUAGUGAACUUCUUAAUUACUAUUAUAUGGUUAGAUUUGUUUAUUGUUGCGUCAAAUUAUGCUCCUUUCAUUCCCAAGGAAGUUUUUCCAUCCAGCAACACUGCAGACAAGAUGGAGAUAAGUCCAUCCAGAAGCACCAAACAGUUGUCUCUUCUUGUAGAACCUAAAAGACAGGAGGUUUUACUAUUGGACAAUGAGAUUGUUUUAAAUGAAGCCAUUAUUGAAGAAAGAGAGCAAGGAAUCCAAGAAAUUCAGCUGCAGAUAAGUGAGGCGAACGAGAUUUUCAAAGAUCUGGCUGUUUUGGUACAUAAGCAAGGAGUUAUUAUUGAUGAUAUUAGUUCAAACAUCGAUAAUUCCAAUACUGCAACUAGACAAGCUACUUCCCAACUGGCCAAAGCUUCCGAGACUCAAAGAUCCAAUUCAUCUAUGACCUGUUUGCUGUUGGUGAUUUUUGGGAUCAUUCUACUUAUUGUUAUGAUACUUGUCAUUGCGUGAAGUGGGUCUCAGACAUAGACUUGAGGUGGUUGCUCAGACAUCUGACCUGAUCACAUAUGGUAAGCUACCCUCUCACACUUAGCAGGUAUGAAGUUGAUCAUGUAGGCUCCGUUCGUUAGGAAGGAAGUAAAUUAAAUGGAAGGGAAAGAAGAAGGGAAGGAUGAGACAUUCCUAUGGAAGAGAUUAUGGACUUUUCUUAUUUUGUUUGGUUGGAUGAAAGAGAAGAGAGAAGAACGUACCAAAUUCCUUUGUUUGUUGCGAAAGAAGGAAAGAGAGAAUUUUAAAUUAUUUUUACCAUUAUACUCUUCAUUAUUUUUUUUCUUAGUAAAUAGCCAUCAUCUUUACUACUCAUUAUCUUCGCUACUCAUUUAAACAGUACCAUUAAUUUCACUCUAA